AUGGACGAUACUGGAUUUUUCCAGGUAAUAAAUAUUAAUCAAGAGGAUGACUAUGAGCCAUUCUUGGAAACAUUUCGGCGCUGCACUCUUUGUUAUGACAAAUGUAAACCAGAUGAGUUUUGUGAACGCCGCAGAUUCCGAUCACCACCGGCAUAUGUGGAUGCUGCUUUCAUUUUGGAUAGUUCACAGAAAAUGAGUGGUGCCGAAUUUGAGAACGUGAAAAACUUCUUGAGCAGAGUACUUGAUAACUUUGACAUCUCCUCUGAGCCAGAGACCUCUUCCACAGGUGAUAGGGUGGCUGUGGUGAGCCAUGCUCCACCAGGUUUCAAACCCCGAAUGGGGCGGAACCCUGUAAAGAAAGAAUUUGACUUUGUCUCCUACAAGAAGAGACAGUCAAUGAAAAGACAUAUCCAAGAAUCUGUUCGACAGCUGAAUGGAGCAGCUGCUCUUGGCCAUGCCAUACAGUGGACAAUUGAUAAUGUUUUCUUAACUGCACCCCACUCCAGACAACACAAGGCUAUCAUUGUUAUAUCUGCUGGAGAAACAAGUCAGUGGGACAAAGACAUAUUAAAGAAGGCAUCUCUGAAAGCCAAGUGCCAAGGAUAUGCUCUGUUUGUAAUUUCAUUAGGACAGGUAUAUAACAACCUGGAACUGGAAGAGAUGGCUAGUAUUCCCCUGGAACAUCAUUUGAUUCAGCUGGGCAGAGUUCAUAAGCCUGAACUUGAAUACGUAGUGAGGUUUAUGAAACCAUUUGUGCAUCUCCUCAGGC